CUAAGUUAUAAGCAUGGAGUUCCCAUCGUAUGGCGCUUUCGGUUAUCCCAAUGAUCCCAACGAAUAUAUUCAACCGCUACGUGACCUCAAGUCGGCAUGGAGUGCCUUUUUCGCUUUGUGGUUGUUAUGGGGGCUUUUCUGGUUCUUGAGACAUGCUUUUGGCGACGGUACUCAGACUGCUGAUGAAACUGCCGAUGCGGAAGCAGCUCAGAAAGGAAGAUGGCACCUUGGAGGCUCUCAUCACCGAAUCAACAGAUCUAGUGAAAUGCUGAGAGACUUAGUUUUGCUUCUUCUCGCGUCAUUGGCUUUGAAUACCUUUGCCGGAGGCAUCAGUCGAGCAGUGAUGAUCUUAAGCUGGAUUUACUUUGGAUUCGCUGUCUUCUGGGCUAUCUUUGAAGCAGCGGUUGAGCACCACAUUGCUCGAUUUAUCUUUGCAUUCGUAUUCUAUGGCAUUGCCAUCGCUAUUGCAGCAUUGGGCUACCAUGACGGCUUCUAGUUAGCGAUUGAUUAUCCAGUUUAUUCAUGUAUGUACCUAACUACGUAUUAAGUGUUGCCGCACUUGCAGUUUCAAUUGAGCUAGUAAUCAUAAUAAAUUUAAUAUGGCAGUUCUUAUUUUU